AUGUUUGAAAUGUUUCUCACGCAAGAGUGCUCUCAGGAGACACAUUCUUGGACACAAGGUAUAACGGAAUUUGAAUGUGAGGAAUGUGGGAAAUGUUUCUCACGGAAGAGUAAUCUCACUACACACAUUCUUGGACACAGAGGUAUAAAGGAGUUUGAAUGUGAGGAAUGUGGGAAAUGUUUCUUACGCAAGGGUGAUCUCAAGGGACACAUUCUUGUACACAGUGGUAUAAAGGAGUUUGAAUGUGAGGAAUGUGGGAAAUGUUUCUCACGCAAGAGUGGUCUCAAGGGACAUAUUCUUGGACACAGUGGUAUAAAGGAGUUUGAAUGUGAAGAAUGUGGGAAAUGUUUCUCCCUGAAUGGUAAUCUCAAACGUCAUAAACUUGUGCAUGAAAAAAACAGAAUUUGUGAGGAAUGUGGGAAAUGUUUCUCACGCAAGAGUGCUCUCAAGAGACACAUUGUUGGACACAGUGGUAUAAAGAAGUUUGAAUGUGCGGAAUGUGGGAAACGUUUUGCAGAAAAGGGUCAUCUCAAGGUACACAUUCUUGGACACAGUGGUAUAAAGGAGUUUGAAUGUGAGGAAUGUGGGAAAUGUUUCUCACGCAAGAGUGCUCUCAAGAGACACAUUGUUGGACACAGUGGUAUAAAGAAGUUUGAAUGUGCGGAAUGUGGGAAACGUUUUCCAGAAAAGGGUCAUCUCAAGGUACACAUUCUUGGACACAGUGGUAUAAAGGAGUUUGAAUGUGAGGAAUGUGGGAAAUGUUUCUCACGCAAGAGUGCUCUCAAGAGACACAUUCUUGGACAC